AGCGAGUUCGCGUGCGCGUACUGUGGGAUAUCCAACGUCUCGUGCGUGGCGCAGUGCGUGAAGACAAAGAAAUGGUUUUGCAACGGGCGAUCGAAUGGAUUGCCGGCGAGCUGCUUGAUAUAUCAUCUCGUGCGGUCAAGAAACAAGGAGGUUCGACUGCAUGAGUCGUCGCCGCUGGGCGAUAUGACGCUGGAGUGUUACGUGACGGGGGCGACGAACGUGUUCAACCUCGGGUUCGUCCCGUGCAAAGACGAAAACGUGGUGGUUCUCGUGACGAGAGAAGCAGCGCAGAGUAAUCCGGCAACUCUUAAGGAAUUGAAUUUAGACUUAGCGCUCUGGGAGCCGCUGAUUCAGGACAAGGUGUUCUUGCCUUGGUUGUUGCAGAUGCCGGACAAGAAGGAGAUUGAUCGCGCUCGGCCGGUGAACCCAGGAAAAGUCAUCAAAUUGGAGGAACUAUGGAAAACAAAUCCCGAGGCUACGCUAGACGACGUAGAGAACGAUGACGGUGACGGCGAGGUACGUCCUGUAGCGCUGACGUACGAGGACGCGCAUUUAUACCAAGGCGUCUUUGGACCGUUGAUACAGCUCGAGGCAGAUUACGACAAGGCGCAGCGAGAGAGCCAAACGAAGGACGACGUCACAGUCCGCUGGGACAUUGGCUUGAAUAAGCGUAGGAUUGCGUAUUUCAGUUUUGGUGCCGAUGAAAAUGCGGUGUCAGUGACGUUGGGAGAUUCUUUGCAGUUGCGACUGCUGAUACAGACAAAGAACGAACAGCGAAGUUGGCAAGGACAAGGCGUCGUGAUCAAGUUCACCGCACAAGAGGAAGUCGGGGUGGAAAUGUACGGCAUGGAUGCCCCCGUGGAAUACACCAAUGGCUACAGUGUCGACUUUUUGUGGAAAGGGACGAGUUAUGAGCGCGCGCAACAGGCGUUGGAAUCUUUCGCUGAAGAUGAAACUUCGGUUUCGGGGUACAUUUACCUCAAGCUCAUGGGCAAAGACCCGGAAGAUAUGUUCUUAUCCGGAGAUUUUCCGAAGAAGUUAACCGCCCCGGGGCUGCCUGAGCUCAACCAAAGCCAACACGAUGCGGUUAAAACGGUCCUCCAGCGACCACUGAGUCUAGUUCAAGGUCCACCGGGGACUGGGAAGACGGUGACGUCGGCGACGCUCGUGUACCAUUUAGCCAAGCGCGGCAACGGUCAAGUCAUCGUGUGCGCGCCAUCAAACGUCGCAGUAGAUCAUUUGGCCGAGAAGAUCGAAAAGACGGGCCUAAAAGUCGUUAGAAUCAGUAGUAGAAGUAGAGAGCAUUUGGUGUCUUCGGUUGAGCACCUGACGCUGCACUAUCAAGUAGCCAACAUUGGUGGGUCGACGCACAAAGCGUUUCAGAAGUUGCAGCAGCUGAAGAACGAGCUCGGCGAAUUGAGCGCUGGAGACGAGAAGAAGUAUCGCAACGCUCAAAAGAAACUUGAGCGCGAAAUCCUCGAGAACGCGGAUGUCAUUUGCACCACAGCAGUCGGUGCCGGUGAUCCGCGACUCGCAAACUUCCGCUUCCGCAUGGUGCUCAUCGAUGAGUCGACGCAAGCCACCGAACCGGAGUGUUUGAUCCCAAUCGUCAUGGGUGCGAAACAAGUCGUCAUGGUUGGCGAUCACAAACAGCUCGGCCCGGUUGUGACGUGCAAGCAAGCGUACGCCGCGGGUCUGGCGCAGUCGUUGUUUGAACGCCUCAUUGCGCUCGGUAUACAGCCCAUCCGCUUACAGAUUCAGUAUCGUAUGCAUCCAUGCCUGUCCGAGUUUCCGAGCAAUACAUUCUACGAUGGAACGCUGCAAAACGGUGUGUCUGCGAUCGAACGAACGCUUUCACACAUCGACUUUCCUUGGCCCGUACCAUCCAAACCGAUGAUGUUUUGGAGUCAAACCGGACAAGAAGAAAUGAGCGCGAGCGGGACGUCAUUCCUCAAUCGCGCGGAGGCGUCGGCGGUCGAAAAGUGCGUCACGCAUCUGCUGAACGCCGGGGUGAGUCCUGAACAGAUCGGGGUGGUGACGCCGUACGAAGGACAGCGCGCGUACGUGGUACAACACAUGACGCGUGUUGGUGUGCUGCAUCCGCAACUGUACAAGGACAUUCAAGUCGCAAGUGUCGACUCGUUCCAAGGAAAAGAAAAAGACUUCAUUAUUAUGACCUGCGUGCGCUCGAAUGAAAAGUCUGGAAUUGGGUUCUUGAGCGAUCCAAGACGUUUGAACGUCGCCAUAACACGCGCGCGAAGUGGGCUUAUCGUCAUCGGCAAUCCAAAGGUUUUGAACAAACAACACCUAUUCCACGAGAUGUUAACGCACUUCAGAGAGAACGGGUGCCUCGUUGAAGGGACGUUAGGCUCAUUAAAGGAGUGCAUGGUG